ACUUGAACCAGAACUUGAACCACUACUAGCCAUGGACAGAGUUGUCGUCCUGCUGUCUGUCCUGUCUGUGGCUGCGUCCUCUCAGUCAAUCCUAGACCAGCGUCGUUUCUCCAUCGCCGUGAGCAGAGUCCAACAUAUUCACCUGCUCGCUCAGAAAUACUUCUCAGACUUCGAGAGCUCGCUACAGACUGAGGAUCAACGUCAGCUCAACAAAAUCUUCCUGCGUGAUUUCUGUAACUCUGAUGACAUCAUCAGUCCCAUCGAUAAACACGAGACUCAACGCAGCUCAGUUCUGAAGCUCUUAUCGAUCUCCAGUCGACUGAUCGAAUGUUGGGAAUUCUCCAGUCGCUUCGUCACGUGGAGUACAUUUCCCAGGAACCAGAUUUCACACAAACUGUCAGAACUAAAAACAGGAAUCCGGAUGCUGAUUGAGGCCAAUCAGGAUGGAGCAGAAGUGUUCUCUGACAGCUCCACCUUCCAGUUGGCGCCUUAUGGAAACUUCUAUCAGAGUCUGGGAGGUGAUGAAUCAUUAAAACGAAACUACGAGCUGCUCGCCUGCUUCAAGAAGGAUAUGCACAAGGUGGAAACAUACCUGACAGUGGCCAAAUGUCGACUCUCUCCAGAAGCUAAUUGUACCCUGUAACCCCACCUCCACACAGUGAGGCCCCUCCCCGUUGAUGAUAGCAUUGUGUACAUUCUAUAUCGCUGCCACAUGUUUGCUACAGCACCGACAUCAGUGCUAACCUCACUUGUUCAGCAUGUGAAAUAAAUAGUGUUCAUUCA